GCAUGUAAAAAAUAUAGCCUGACACUUGACCAUCAAUAAAAACUUCACUUGUUUUGAUUUUGAUAUUGUAACAUGUGAUUCGGAUAACAUUUACUAUACAGAAUCGACUGUAUUAAUCGAUUAAAUCAAUUCAAUAAUGAUCAAUGGCGUGGAUCAACACACAGGAUCUAUGUGUGGUUCUGAUCACUCAGUUAUUAUUUUUUGCAUUCGGAUGGUAUAUUUUUGUUAAGAAAUUAUUUCGUGAUUAUGAAAUCAACCAUAAAUGGGUACAGAUAUUGUUUUGCGUUACGUUGUCCAUAUCAUGCUGUAUGUUUGAAUUGAUUAUAUUCGAAAUUGUCGAUUUUCUUGAUACUAGUUCACGUUAUUUCCAUUGGUAUCUAUCCAUAUACCUGAUGCUAUUUAUGCUUUUGGUUGCCUUACCAUUUUCGAUUUCUUAUUUUCUCAUUGAAAAUUGUUUUGCCGAUGGCCGUUCACCUAUAAGAUGGCGUUCCAAGUUUAUUCUUACCGGAAUCUUAUGGUUAAUUUUUAUUAUCAUUUUCUGGGAAAUUGGCAAUCCUUUCCCAAUAUCAUCGCCACGUCACGGAAUUCUAUCGAUCGAACAUCAGAUUAGUCGGGUUGGCAUCAUAGGCGUUACUUUGAUUGCCAUGUUAUCAGGUUUUGGUGCGGUUAACUAUCCGUAUGUUUCAAUGUCAUAUUUCACGACAACUGUUACGUCAGCCGAUCUAGCCAAUGCCGAAAAACGGUUAAUGCAAACGUGGGAUAAAAUUAUUAUGAAGAAAAAACAAAUCUCCACGGCAUUGCACAAUCAAAAAGUAUCGGCAAGCGGUGGUCAAUCGAUUCAGAAUUCUAAUUCAUUUUCAAGGGUAUCGUUCUGGUCAUAUCUGAAAAAUUUUGGCGCUUCUUUCGAUUCAACGGCCAACGUACAACAAUUACAACGUGAAUGUGCCAACCUAGAGGAAAUGUCACGGCAAUUGUUUCUGGAAUAUGUUGAUCUUAAAUGGAUGGAAGAAAGAUUUGUACAAUCCCGAACAAUCAAAGGUAAAUUCUUCAACUAUCUCGGCUACUUUUUCUCGAUUUAUUGUAUUUAUAAAAUCAUACUUUGUACGAUAAACAUUGUAUUUGAUCGUGUAGGCCGUAUGGAUCCAAUAACACGUACACUUCAAUUUCUCGUCAACUACAUCGGUAUCGAUGUUGAUGUAAAAUUCUGGUCACAACAUUGUUCAUUUCUUGUUAUUGGCGUUAUUGUUUUAACGUCAACACGUGGUUUGCUCAUCAAUUUAACAAAGUUUUUCUAUGCCAUUUCUUCGUCCAAAUCAUCCAAUAUCAUUGUUUGUCUAUUGGCCGAAUUAAUGGGCAUGUAUUUUGUCGCAUCGAUCCUAUUGAUGCGUAUGAACAUGCCGUUAGAAUAUCGGAUGAUCAUUACCGAGGUACUUGAAAGUGAACUACCAUUUCAUGGUCCAUAUUCUAAACCAUCGACAGUAACAUUACGAUUACGAUCAUUAGCAUCUGAUAGAAAUAUGGCAUUUAAAGUGAAAACAACAGCACCGAAAUUCUAUUCUGUUUCACCAACACAUGGAUUCAUUGCACCGGAUGCUGAUUGUAUGAUACAAUUAACAUUUAAUGGUAAUGAACAAGAUUUACGAAUUUCGAAAAUAAAGCACAAAUUUCUGGUACAAGCAACAAAUGGCCCAGAAGAUAUUGAUUCGAUAGCACCAGAUCGUUUCUGGAAAGAGCUUAAUAGUAGUAAUCAAAAUUCGAUAAUAUACGAACAAAAACUUCAAUGUCUAUUUGAUCCAUUGGAAAGUUUGGAAACUAGUAACGAUAAUAAUAUGCAACAGCAAUUCAAAUCGUUUGUUGCUACGGCUACCGAUAAGAGUGAAGGAAUUUUGAAUCAAUUGUUGACACCAUUAGAAAAUGAUCAUAAUUCUGUAUCAUCGUCAACUUUGGCCAACAAUGAACAACAGCAACGACGAUUUUCGUUGAAAACAUUAAUAUGGGCUAUAUUUGCCGCUAUUAUAGCCAUUGUAGCUGCAUUACCCAUCUAUUGGAAUCGAUUACGAUCGAAACAAUCGCCAUCGUCCACCGAAACCCAUAAUUCAAAUGGAUCAAUCAACAACAAUGCUGGAACAUUAUCGUUAACGAAUUCUAAUGAAUCUCGAUUAAUGAAAACAACGAUUUAUAUUGGUGCUGCAACAUUGGUAGCCGUAAUUGGAUGGGCCAUAUAUCAAUGGCGUAAACGUAAUUCGUUGUAAAAAAAAUUGUGUUUUUUGUCUAUGUGUGU